AUGAUCGACCUCACGGUGUGGCUCCACCCCUCAAUGGAGGUCCCGUUCAAGUUCAACCCGCAGGAGCACCCCUUCCGGGUGAGCCCGUCCAUGCUGAUCGUCGACCUCAUGGACGAGUGCGAGCUGGUGUUCGAGACCGCCAGCAAGCAGGCCAGCGAGCAGGAGGGGGGGCCCAGGGGGUGCUUCGAGCUGCAGAUCAACGUGCUCUGGAACGUGAAGGACCACAAGAAGGCCCUGAAUCCCAACGACAAGAUCGGGGACCACUUCGCGUCGGGCGACACCUUCGGCGUCUACGGCGACGUCAUGGAAGCGGUCGCGGAGCGGCCAAGGAAGGCGGAAGAUCAGAAGAUCCCCGUGACGAUCCUGACAGGUUUCCUCGGCUCUGGCAAGACGACUUUGCUGAACUACAUCCUGCAGGAGCAGCGUGAGAUGAAGAUAGCCAUCAUCGAGAACGAGUUCGGAGAGAUCUCCAUAGACGACGCCCUCCUGAAGAAGGAGAAGAAGGCCAUGGCGGAGAAGAUAGUCGUGAUGGACAACGGCUGCAUGUGCUGCACCAUCAGGGGCGACCUCCAGAAGGGGAGCUGGAGGAGAUCAUCGACGACAUCGCCAAGGGCAGCGGCAUAG